CACCUUUGCCGCGCGUCUUCUCGAAUCUUCGCCUCUGCUCCGUAGACAUUGCUCAUCUCCCCCACCAUUAUCGAAGACUUUGACGGGAUCAGACAUCUCGGCAACGGACGGCUUCAAGAUAAUCUGCAGUAGAGACAUGAACGUUCCUACAUUGGUUCUUCCGGAGGACGAAGGCUCGGCCCAGACCUCUAUUACACCUACUGCAACAACGCCAAGCCAUCAGGACUCCGGGGAUGCGGUUGCUGGCGCCGCUGGGAAUACCAUCGAAAAUUCCAUCGAUCCCAUCGAUGGGGUGCCGCAUCGAUUCCUCAUCCUGCAUGUCACUCGAGCCGACGGAAGGGAAUUCUAUCUUCGGUUGGAUCGCAGACGGGACCACAAAGUCCCGUUGUGGUUGUUUGGAGUACGGGAUGCUGCUGUUUCUGGCAGACUCGACCACCUUCUUGAUUUCACCAACACCAAGUCCGGCGUAGAGGCUGUCAUGGUCUUCCCUACUCCUGCUCUUUUGAUCGUGGCUGCGCAAAUUCUGUAUGCUAUCGCAGCGGAAGCUCCUGAUUACAAGCUAACCAAAGAAAAUUGUUGGUUUUUCGCCUCCACCGCCCAGGAAAUGUUAGUGCGGAUGUUUGGGGCAAAGUAUGAGAGAGGGUCUCUUAACCAUCCCACAAUCGGUUCUGAGAGACGAGAACGGAUCAAAAUCCUGACAUAUUCGCACAUUACAAAAGGCAUUAAUAACAAAUCAGAGACAAUCCUAAGAUUCGCUCGUUUAAUCGCAGACUCAAAGCUAACGACGGCUGUGAAGUUCGUCCUUAACAUCACCAUUUCCCUACCCAACGCUUUCCAAAUCUCCACAUCCACUCAAGCACUUCUUGCUGUAUUGCAGCGGACAUUACACGAACACCUGCAUGGAAUCUAUGGAAUUAAAGGCGCACGGAUCUUCUCAAACUAUUUCACCGAUAAAUUAGUUCAGAUCAUCCCAUCGUUGGAACAACUUCGAGGGGGUGUUCCAAUAUCGAGUAUCAUAAACCUCUUGGAAUUAUCUCUGCGGGAAGGUCUUGCAGUGCAUCGCCGAUCCUCAGUCAUCCCUCUCCGGGGAAGGACAUGGUGCUCUUCUCGUUGGAGCUGCUUGGGAGAUGUGCAGUGCUGGAUCAGUUGCCAGCGCUAUGGCGUUUCCAAGCAGAUGCAGAAAUUCCUGAUCUCCAACCUGAUUUUGAGAGGCUGA